UGAAAUUAUGGCAGAAUAUUAUCAGGGCACUGUUUUACCAAUGAAGGACUUCGAUGCCGAGAGGGCGAGUGAUUCUCUUAGAAAAUCUAUGGAAGGAUUAGGUACUGAUGAAAAACGGAUUACGAGGGAACUGUCUCAACAUUGUAAUGCACAGAGACAGGAGAUUGCAGCUGAGUAUAAGACCAAGUUUGGAAGAGACUUGGUUGAGGAUCUGAAGAGUGAAUUAAAAGGUGAUUGUGAGAAACUCUGCUGUGCAUUGAUGGUUCCAAGCUCUGAGUAUGAUGCAGUACUGCUGCACCAAGCAAUUAAAAACCUUGGCACAGAUGACCAAAGGUUAAUAGACAUUAUAUGCACAGCAUCUAAUGACAAAAUACUCAAAAUGAAGGAAGUGUACAGAGAGUUGUAUGGUGUUGAUUUAGCAGCUGAUAUUGACAGCGAUACAAGUGGUCACUUCCAGAGGAUCCUCCUGACACAACUGGUUGGUAAUCGUGACGACUGCACACAACACUACCACAAGAAAUCAAAGGAGGAUGCACAGAAACUGUACGACGUUGGGGAGGGACGGUUUGGUACUGAGGAAGAUGUUUUCAACCAUAUCCUUGGCAGCAGGAGUUAUGCCCAUCUACGACAUAUCUUCUACUACUACAAGAAGAUCUCUGGGGACGAGAUUGAGACUGCCAUAGAGGGGGAGACCAGCAGUAGCCUUCAGAAAGCUCUCUUAGCCAUUGUAAAGAUUGUGAAGGACCGCCCAGCCUACUUUGCUGAGCAGAUCUACAACUCAAUGAAAGGUCUUGGCACAGAUGAUGAUUCUCUCAUCAGCUUGAUUGUCAGUCACUCUGAGAUUGAUAUGGUGCAGAUCAAGAAAGCUUUCCUGACCAAAUACAACACAUUUAUGGAGUCAAUGAUCAAGGACGAUUGUUCUGGCGACUAUUGUGAUCUGCUUCUCGCUGUAAUUGGAGCAGACGACUAAAUCAGCGC